AGGAAAGUAAGAGAGUGAUCUCUGAAGGAUUUUGACCAAAGCAUGCAGCGCUACAAAUCAGUACGCGUGGAAAUUACACGAACUAAAAGCAUGGAAGCCCUUUAAAGGCUGGUUCAAGAGGCGCUGGGUUCAGUAAGAAGGCUACUCGUACUUUCUAAUACCGUGUUCAAUAAUGUAUUCACAUUCCUAUGUAUUCCCGCUAUUCCGAUAAUUUCGUCUGUAGUUGCUCUGAGACGUCUGGGAGUACACGUGUGAUAGUGAAAGGCUUCGUCAUUGCCGGUGUUAAGAUAUUAUUUCAGAUUUGAAUCCCGGGCAAAUUCUAAAGCAAUGAAAUGGCAUUAGAUAUGGGAAUAGUUAUUUUGACGUUAGUAAUCGGGCUGCUAGUCGCCGUUCUAGUGUGGUCUCUCACUAAAAGAUCCACACCGUCCAGCACUAAAGGAAAGAAUGAAAAAGGUGCAAACAGUAAAAAAGAAGGAAAGAAGACAUCGGGGAUGCCAGCUAAACUUCCCAAGAAGAAAGCUACUGUAGCAGUCUCCAAAGAUUCAAAAUCUACAUUCACCCACUCAUGGCUGCUGACAUCACUUAAGGGCCACACAGGUGCCAUCACCGAUAUGGAUUUUAGCGCAAAUGGAAAGCAUCUUGCCACUUGUGCAGAAGAUCGUUCGCUGAUGUUGUGGAAACUGAACUUUGGCCGAUUGGAUUCUUCGGUCGUCGAACUCAACAUGAAGGACAUCCGUACGGUUCGUGCACAUGUUCAGUAUGAUUCCGCCACCCUUAUUCGUUGGAGUCCUGACUCCAAGGCCUUGCUGACAGUCCGUGCUCUUGGUAAUAAUAUUGAAAUCUACAAGGUGAUGAAAAAACCCGAGGCUGGUGGCCUCCCUUCCGUUCAACCCUCUCACGCAUUCGACAAGACCCGUGAAGCUGACUUGUUGGCCAUCGAUGUGGCAAGCACAGGGCGAUUUAUUAUGACUUGUACGCCGAAAAAUGAACUGGACAUUCUCGAUUUGAAAGGAAAUUUAUUGGCUUCUGUCAUAACUAAUCAAAUGGAGACAUAUUCGGCCAAAAUAUCGCCUGAUGGUCGAUUCGUCGCCACUUCUGGAUUCACACCGGAAGUCCGAGUUUGGGAGGUAGUUUUCUCUCGAACUGGUGAAUUCGAGAAAGUGAGCCGUGCUUUUGAAUUGGGAGGCCACACGUCUGGCAUCUACAGCUUUGACUAUAGUCCAGAUUCAGGGCGGAUGGUCUCGGUUUCCAAGGACGGAUCGUGGCGUCUAUACAACACCAACAUUGAUUAUCGCCAAGGCCAGCUUGCCACUUUGCUGGUUUCCGGCAAAUGGAAGGGCGAGGGAAAUGAACCAGCCCGUAUUGCCCUUGCCCCAGAUGGCAGGGUUGUUGCAAUUGGUUCCAACUCUUCUCUCUACAUUUAUUCCACGGUCAACGCUGAGCUGUUAGCUCACAUUCCAGACGUUCAUUCGGCCCCGAUUACUAGAUUGCGCUUUGAUUCAACUUCGCGGUUCAUCUUGACCACUGGCGACAAGUACGUCCGUAUUUUCCAUAACGUGCCUGGUUUCAAAAUAGCUGUGGCGGACUUGGAAUCCAAAUUGAAAAAAACCACUGGUCAAGCGAUGAAGGAGCGGUGCCAGAUACAACUGAAGGAAGCGGUAGCUUUGGUUAAUUUGUUUAACGGCAAAAAUUAGUGAAUGAAGCAUCAAAUACAGAUUUCGAGUAAGGGAGAGUAGUCCAAUACGACUUCUUCUUUGCUUGAAAAUCUGACAUUUGA